AUGGCAUGCAAGCUCCUCAAAUCAUUGUACGGGCUGAAGCAGUCACCGCGCUGCUGGAACGAAAAAUUCAAUAGCCAAAUGGUCAAGCUGGGUUUCUGUCUUCUGUAUCUGGCAGUCGUGGCUCACCCCGAUAUCGCCAACACCACAGCCAUUCUUGGCAGUAAGUUCUGUGGUCCAACUCAACGGGACUGGACGGCCGCGAAGCGCACGUUACGUUAUCUGAAGCAGACCAGUGACUACUAUCUGGUGUUCGGCGGUGAUCCAAGUCAGCAGUUAAACGGCUAUUCGGAUGCCGCCUGGGCCGGCGAUCCGGAGGAUCGGAAGUCAACGUCCGGAAUGGUGUUCUUCUUCGGCGGUUCGGCAAUUUCGAGGGCAAGUAGGAAGCAGGGCAGCGUUACGCUCUCGUCCAUGGAGGCCGAGUAUGUGGCCUUGAGCGAGGCCUGCCAGGAGGCCGUCUGGCUAAGGAAGCUACUCAGCCAUCUCGGUCAAUCUCAAGCGCAGCCAACGGUGAUCCGCGAGGACAAUCACGGCUGUUUGUCCUUCGUCAAAUGUUAA